CACCAGGUAGUUGGGAGGAGAGCGGACACAAGUGUGAGAAGCCGUGGAGGAUACAAAGCUUUUCCCCGGCUCCUUCAGCUCAGCCGCACCUCCAAGAUGAUGAGUUAUUACAUGGACACCACCAUUGGCAGUGCAGCUCCUUAUCCUUUGGCUCGGCCUGGAAUGAUGAAACAAGGAGUGCCAGGUCCCUGCGAGGAUCCCUGGGUCACCUGUGGCUUCCAGGCGUCCUGCUGCCAGCCCCGGCCCUGCUGCCCGCUGUGGGACGAGCCCGCCACGCAGGAGGUGCCCACCGGGCUGGAGCACUACGGCACGGACAUGGAAUGUGCAGAUGUGCCUUUAUUAACGCCCAGCAGCAAAGAAAUGAUGUCCCAGGCACUGAAGGCCACGUUCAGUGGCUUUGCCAAGGAGCAGCAGCGGCUGGGAAUUCCCAAAGACCCCCAGCAGUGGACGGAGACGCACGUGCGGGACUGGGUGAUGUGGGCAGUGAACGAGUUCAGCCUGAAGGAAGUGGAUUUCCAGAAGUUCUGCAUGAAUGGAGCUGCCCUCUGUGCCCUGGGCAAGGAGUGCUUCCUGGAGCUGGCACCUGACUUUGUGGGAGAUAUCCUUUGGGAACAUCUGGAGAUCCUGCAGAAAGAAGAGGUGAAACCGUACCCAGCAAACGGAGUGAGCACCACAUACCCCGAGUCCCGCUACACCUCAGACUACUUCAUUAGUUAUGGCAUCGAGCACGCCCAGUGCGUGCCCCCCUCCGAGUUCUCCGAGCCCAGCUUCAUCACCGAGUCCUACCAGACCCUGCACCCCAUCAGCUCGGAGGAGCUGCUGUCCCUCAAGUACGAGAGCGAUUAUCCCUCGGUGCUGCUGCGGGAGCCGCCGCAGGACUCGCUGCAGACUGACUACUUCUCCAUCAAGCAGGAGGUGGUGACACCGGACAACAUGUGCAUGGGCCGUGCCAGCCGAGGUAAGCUGGGAGGCCAGGACUCCUUCGAGAGCAUAGAGAGCUACGACAGCUGUGACCGCCUGACGCAGUCCUGGAGCAGCCAGUCGUCCUUCCAGAGCCUGCAGCGCGUCCCCUCCUACGACAGCUUCGACUCUGAGGACUACCCUGCCACCCUGCCCAGCCACAAGCCCAAGGGCACCUUCAAGGACUAUGUGAGGGACCGGGCCGACAUGAACAAGGACAAGCCUGUCAUCCCUGCUGCUGCCCUGGCUGGCUACACAGGCAGUGGACCCAUCCAACUGUGGCAAUUCCUGCUGGAACUGCUCACUGACAAGUCCUGUCAAUCCUUCAUCAGCUGGACGGGCGAUGGCUGGGAAUUCAAACUUUCAGACCCAGACGAGGUAAAGUGCCCUGGAACUAAGUGCACAACCCAAAUUCCUCAGAAAUAUUGCUGUGGAUAAGCCUCUCCUCCUCCCUUUUGGCAGCCACUUUUUU